AUGGCCCAGUGCAAAGCCCCUGAACAACCUAUACCCAUACCCGCGACUUCAAUGGCGGACUUGAAGAUUCAGAGUCCAGAUGCUCGUCCGGCGUCUCGCCCUUCGAUGCAGGAUUUGAAUGGGACCUGGGUGCUUGAAACACAUCUCUCAUCCAACAUACCGCUGCUUCUAAAGCUGCAAAAAAUCCCCUUCCUGAUCCGCCACGCGAUAACUUCCUCCCCAGUCCACCUCAUCCUCACGCAAUACACCGAGACAAACGCCAAAGGCCAGAACCAGACGCAUUUGGACCUCGUGCAGCGCACGGCGGGGAGCUUGACUCUCCCCGUGAUUCAGGACAAGAGGGUGCUCGACUGGAUAGAGAGGGAGCACGAGGAUUUUGUGUUUGGAAAGGUGUUGACGAGGAGUGUGUUUGUUCGUGGGAAUGUCUCGGACAAGGGGGUUGCGAAGCCGGAUUUCGAGGUUAAAGUGCAUGUUAAGGACGGGCAAGAGGUGAUAGAGAGGUUUUUGAGGGGUGAGAUUGACGUUGAUGGGAGUGAGACGGGGGAGUUUUUGGUUGAGGGAGAGGUUGGAAAUGGGGUUGACGAGGAAAGGAAAGGGUUAUGGGUGCAUACUCUGGAAAUCAACGAGAAGUCGGCUUGGACUGCUGAGACGGUCUGGGGAUUUGAGAUGGUGAAGGGGGAGAGGUAUUUGACCUCUCGGGUUGUUGUUGUAAAUGGGAAGGGGAAGUAUCAACUGGGACGAAUGGUUUUCAGAUUCCUGAGCAGGGAGGUUUGA